AUACAAGAAAAUGAAGUGUGAAAAUAAUGAGAAGGGUGAAACUGAAAAAGGGCCAACUUGAAUCCAAAAUAACAAGAGACUGAGUGGUCCAUUUACAUGUCCAUCAUAGGCAGAAGAGAAAGAGGAGAGGAGAGGAGCGCAGCCUGUCCCCUAUUAGUACAAGCUUUGAUGCUUCCUUUCUUUCUUUAUCAUCAUCUUCUUCUUCUUCUUUCUCAAUUCCGAUUAAGACUUUUCCCACCAUCAACAUCAUGCAACUGCUUACCAACCUUCCCCAAUUCUUCAUUUCUAUAUAUAUAAUACCUAUUUCAAGAAUCUCUCCACAUACCCACUUUCUCUUCUCUACUCUCUAGUUUAUGUUAUAUGACCAUUACCCAUGUCUCGCUUUUCAAGAAUGCUUACGGGCUUUAACUCUUCCCCUGCCGCCGACCCACCUGUGCCUGCCAACGUCGAGUCUGACUUUGUUGUCAUACUCGCAGCUCUUUUAUGCGCAUUGAUUUGCGCUGUGGGACUUAUUUCGGUGGCUCGUUGUGCUUGGCUCCGCCGCAGCAGAGGCAGUGUUUCUCGUUCUCCGUCUCAAGCCCCUGAUAAUAAGGGGUUGAAGAAGAAGAUUCUCCAAUCACUCCCCAAGUUCAUUUACGGAGACGUGUCGGCCACAGGUUCUUGUAAGUUUGCUUCGACCGAGUGCGCAAUCUGCUUAGGUGAGUUUGGGGAGAAAGAUGAGAUCAGGAUUUUGCCACAGUGUGGGCAUGGGUUCCAUGUUGGGUGUAUCGACACGUGGUUGGGGUCCCAAUCCUCGUGUCCUUCCUGCCGUCAGAUCCUGGGGAUGGCAAGAUGUCAGAAAUGUGGCCGCUUGCCUUCUUCUGCCUCCAUGAGCGGCGGAGACGAGGCAGAGGCAGAUUCCAAGUCCAGGGUAGAUAACUGUAAUGUUAGUAAUAACAAUAUCGAUCAAAGGCAUAGUCUUGGUGGUGGGUUCUUGCCUUGACGAAGAAGAACCCACAAAAACCGUAGCUAGUAUUUUCCCAUUUCUCUAUUGUAUAGCUCGUUCCAGGUUUGGUAUGCAUUUUCCUAGCUAGAUGCUACAGCUAAUAGGAAUUUGCAGGUUUCAGAGUGUGCGAAUAUAAGUAACGUUUUUCUUUUUUCUUCUAAAUGAAGAGUAACAUUUCCUUUUUCUCUUCAA